GCGGCGGUCUUCAGUCAAACUGCACCGGGCUGAGCGGAGAGCAGCAGCAGGGUCAGUGGCUCUGAACAUUGGACUAACUCCUGGACACAUCUGGACAACGCUGAGAUGCUGCUGCAGGGACGACCCUCUGCUCUUCACGUUGCACUUUUAUUUUAUAAUUUUUUCCUGGAGCCAUCCGCGGUGCUCGCCUUCAACCUUGACACCAGUCAUGUCAUCAAGAAAGACGGAGAGCCGGGCAGUCUGUUCGGGUUCUCCCUCGCCAUGCACCGGCAGCUCAACCCGGAUAAAAGAAUGCUGUUGAUUGGUGCACCCAGAGCCAGAGCUUUAGGAAAACAGACAGCCAACAUCACAGGAGGCCUUUAUCAAUGUGAAAUUACCCAGUCCAGUGACUGUGAGCGCAUUGUAUUUGAUAAUGAAGAGAACGUGCUUACUGAGAACAAGGAGAAUCAGUGGAUGGGGGUGACGGUUCAGAGCCAGGGACCUGGGGGAAAGAUUGUGACUUGUGCUCAUCGCUAUCAGAGACGCUUGUUUGUGAACAGCCCUCAGGAGUCUCUGGACAUCACCGGGCGCUGCUAUGUCCUGAGCCAGGACCUGACCAUCGACUUGUCCUCCGAUGAGGACGGAGGUAACUGGAACUUCUGUGAGGGCAGAGCCAGAGGCCAUGAGAUGUUUGGGUCUUGCCAGCAGGGUUUGGCGGCCACCUUCACCAAGGACUACCAUUACGUUGUGUUCGGAGCACCAGGCGCUUACAACUGGAAAGGCAUUGUACGAGUGGAGCAGAAGAACAACACUUUGCUAGAGAUGGGAGUGUACGAUGACGGCCCGUAUGAAGUCGGAGAUGAGAAUCUUUUGAAUCCUGAGCUUGUACCUCUUCCUGCCAACAGCUAUCUCGGAUUCUCCCUCGAUUCGGGACACAGAAUCACCAGGAGUCGUGGCCUGACAGUGGUGGCUGGAGCGCCCAGAGCCAAUCAUAGUGGAGCUGUGGUCCUGUUGAAGAAAGAGAACGACGUCUCCAACAGACUUUUGGUGGAGCACAUUCUGCAUGGGCCAGGACUUGCAUCCUCCUUUGGAUAUGACGUGGCUGUAGUUGACCUGAAUAAUGAUGGGUGGCAAGACAUAGUUGUAGGAGCCCCUCAGUUCUACAUGAAGAACAGAGACAUUGGAGGAGCUGUUUAUGUCUACAUCAACCAGGCGGGAAGGUGGGAAAGAAUCACUCCUAUACGUCUAAACGGGACCAAAGACUCGAUGUUUGGAAUUGCAGUGGAGAACAUUGGAGACAUCAAUCAAGACUCGUAUGAAGACAUUGCAAUCGGAGCUCCUUAUGAUGACGGCGGAGCGGGAAAUGUCUACAUUUAUCAUGGCUCUGCACAAGGGAUCAAAACCAGCCCUGCACAGAUCCUUUCAGGAAAAGCACACAAUGUGAGAUUAUUUGGAUAUUCUCUGGCAGGGAACAUGGACUUGGACAGUAACUCUUAUCCCGACGUGGCUGUAGGCUCUCUGUCGGACACAGCUCUAAUCUAUAGGGCACGGCCAGUCAUUAGCAUCAGGAGAGAUGUCAAAAUAUCUCCACAGGAAAUUGACCUUACAAUCAAAACCUGUGGUGACAGCAUUUGCUUCACCGUGGAGGCAUGCUUCACCUACAAAGCAAACACUGCAUCUUACAACCAAAGACUAACUAUCAGCUACUCUGUGGAAGCGGACGGAGAUCGCAGGAAACAGGCGCUGUCCUCCAGAGUGAUGUUCCUGAACAAAUCUCGCACUGAAACAGACUACCAGUUUAAUGGCACCUUAGACCUCCGCGCUCAGAAACAGGAAACAUGCAUUAAGAUAAAAGCCAAACUGAAGGACAAUAUAAAGGACAAGAUGAAUAGCAUUCCCAUUGAGGUGUCUGCAGAAAUUGUGGGUAAACGACAGAAGACGAGGAACGGCCUUCCUCAGCUCAUGCCCAUAUUAGACUCCUCUCUGCCGAGCAAAGACGUCACCGAGGUCAAUUUUGUAAAAGAGGGAUGUGGAAGUGAUCAUAUUUGUAGAAGUAACCUGAAGAUGGAUUACCAAUUAUACUACAAACCAAACAGCCAAGACGCAUACACCCCGUUACCCAUCAAGAGAAACAUCCCCGUGUUUCAUCUGAGUUAUGACAGGAAGGACUUGGCUCUGCAGGUGACAGUCAGCAACAUGAAUGGAGACGAUGCUUAUGAGGCCAAGCUGGUCGGGACUUUCCGAGAUACGCUGUCAUAUUCUGGAGUCCGCUCAAAUCAAACACCGCCGAUCAUCUUUACCGCCAAUCAGAACGGCUCUCAAGCAGAGUGCGAGCUGGGGAAUCCUUUUAAGAGAGACUCAAAGACUACGUUUUACAUCAUCCUCAACACUGUGGAUAUCAAUCCUACCACCACCACGGAGAUUGACAUUGACCUGCAGCUCCAAACGACAAGUGAGCAAGAAAAUACUGCCCCUGUUAAAAUAAAGGCUAAAGUAAUCAUUGAAUUGCCAUUGUCGGUCACUGGGGAAGCCAAACCUAAUCAGGUUUCUUUUGGAGGCGUUGUGAAAGGUGAAAGUGCCAUGAAGACAGAAGACGAGAUUGGAAGUUUGAUUACCUAUACAUUCAGAAUAAACAACUCGUGGAAGUCUUCUGUCACAGCCUCACUACAUAUUAAGUGGCCCAAAUGGAACAAAGAUGGGAAAUGGCUUCUGUACCUGGUGAAGGUCACUGCUUCAGGACCGCAGGACAUCCUUUGCUCUCCUGAGUCUGAAAUCAACUCUCUCAAACACAUCCAGGAAUCUUCUGCGUCCAGGACCAAACGUGAGAUUGGAGAAAGAAAAACUGUUGUCAGAAAGUCUUUGCUGUCCGGCAAAAAUAAAGUUUUGACAUGUGACGGAGACAUCAAAUGUGUGGUGCUCAAGUGCCCCCUACAGGGCCUGGACGGUACAGUAGUUGAACUGAGAUCUCGUCUCUGGAACUCAACCUUUAUUGAGGAUUAUGCCUCUCUCUCACACUUGUUGAUUGUUGUGAGGGCCUCGCUCGUCCUUCAUACUCAGGCUAAAAACAUAAUCCUGAAAACCCCUGACACUGAUGUGACAGUGACGGUGUCCCCAGAAAGUGCAGUAGCACAGCACGGUGGAGUUCCCUGGUGGAUCAUACUGGUGGCCGUUCUCGCAGGAGUCUUGAUUUUGGCUUUGUUGGUGUUUCUGCUCUGGAAGUGCGGAUUCUUCAAACGCUCCAAGAGAGAGGACAGCGUCCCUCGUUACCACGCGGUGCGGAUAAGGAAGGAAACUCCUGAGUAUAAAGACGGGAACGUCAAGCUCGAUCCUCUUGAAAAAAAGCAGUGGAUGACAACUUGGGUUGACAAUGAAAGCUACUCGUGAACACACUGAACUUUUUUUUUUUUUUUGUUCAUUAGGGGAUUAAAAUGAAUUUUUAAAUGAAAUUGUAGAUAAAGCUUUUCAGGAAUUAGUCGGGUUCAUGUCUUUGAAUUUGGUUUUACACUGUAUAGACGAUGAAAUGUUGUAAGUUUUGUAUAUAUUUAAAUACUUCUGCACACUGUAUAUUUAUUUUUUGAUAAAAAAUAAUUUCAUGCAGCCAAAGAGUCUGGCGUCUGUCCUGAAGCAGAUCUACGAAGGGCAAAGUUUACUACUGUUUCUCUGGAGUUGUACUGUCUUACUAAAAGCCUAAAAGUCUAUGCAAGGAAGGUACAGCCAGCUCUGUGUAAUAUGAAUGUCAAUCAGUGCAUUUGUUGUUGUUUUAUGUCCAGUUUCCAUAAAAAAAAAAAAAAAAAGACAUUUAGGUACAUUAUCACAAUAAUUCAAGGUGUAAAAAACCACGACUGAGUUUCUUCUUCACCUCUUCUCACUACUGCGGUGUUCAGGUAGCAUCCACUGUACUGUAGGUCACCGCUGACGAUAGACCAACUGUUUCUGUUACAUGUGAGGAGUCCAAAGGGAAGAUGGUGGAAAAGCAACUGAAAUGUAUGUUUAAUAGAUUUGAUUCGAAGUGAAUGUGUAAUACGUGUUGAACUGUCAAAUAUAAUAAAAACGCUUAAAAAACUGAA